AUGUCCCUGCUCUCAAAUAUAGUCGGUUUCUCACUAUUCGGCCUUGCUGCGCGUUUUGGACAGCUUGGAAUACAGAAAAGGAACCUAUUCGACAACCCAGGUGCACACUUGAUUGCGAUGGGUGUAUUUGGCUAUGGUGGAUACUGGGCGUAUCAGUGGGACCAGCGGGCUGCUGUCUUGAUUGCAGAGAAACGGGCUGAAAUACAAGAGCGGAGGAAGCAACAGGUGACGGCGGCCGAAGAGGCUGGUGCAGCAGCGCUAGCGCACGCGCAUUAG